GCCCGCCUUCCCGCUGGCGGAAGCGGGAGUGACGGCAGCGCCGGCGACGGCAAGAUGGCGGCGCCCAGCUUGCUGCGCGGGGGCUUGAGGCGGUUGUUCACCGGGCUCUUCGGGAGCGGUUGGGCCUCGCCGCCGGCCCGAGCCCUCCGGGAGGUCGUGGAGGUGACAGAAGGCAACACGACCACAAUUGAAGGGAGAAUUAUAGAGGAUGCUGAAACACCAACUCCUCCAAACCCUUCUGGCCAGUGUCCCAUCUGUCGCUGGAACCUGAAGCAUAAGUAUGAUUAUGUGGACGUCUUGCUGCUGAGUCAGUUUAUCCGUUCUGAUGGAGGGAUGCUGCCACGAAGGACCACAGGCCUCUGUUUGGAGGAGCACAAGAAGAUUGCUGUCUGUGUACAGAUGGCUCACCGUGCAGGUUUGUUGCCAAACCACAGGCCUCCACUUCCUGAAGGGCAUAUUUCCAAGAAACCCAAGCUCAACAGGUAUUUGACCCGCUGGUCCAUCAGAUCUGCAAAGCCCAUCUGGAAGAGGGGCCCUAAGUGGUGCAAAAAACCCAUGCCAGUCGGACACCCUUUGCUGAAGGAUAAUGUCAAAUAUACACACAAGCCUCUCUAUUUAAACCACUAGUGGCCAGAACUGGCAUAGUCAGUAAGCACAGCUGUUUUCCACUGUUCUGCUUUUUUUGCAAUUUUCUUAUUCAAAACUGUCAUAGUACUCUAUAUUGUCUGCAGUGAAUGAGCUGCGAUCUGCUCCUCUAGGAGCUAAAUACAAGAUUCAGCAAA